GGUAGAAGAGAGACGGAACUAUUCUAAACGAUGACAGAGUGCUAAGUAUGUUCUAAAAUUUGUAUAAAUAAGAAACGCAGCACGAUGCAAACGCUUUCGUACUAUACUUUUAAGAUAUACGGACAUUUUAACAGUUGCAGAUCAAAAUGAGCGCCUUGUGUAUUCUACUCCUUGCGGUUGUUUCAAUCGUGGCCGUGAACGGUCAGGGUUAUUCAACGUACGGUCUUUCAGGCGGCGGAUACAGAAGGCACGGAGGCCACACGGGACACGGGGGCGGACAUGGAUCCGGUAGUGGAAUCGGAUACGGCAGGAGAUACGGGAGCGGAUAUGGUAGCCUAUCCGGCAUGGGAUAUGGAAGCGGAUAUGGUACUGGAAGCGGAUAUGGGAGUGGAUAUGGUAGCAUAGGCGGACAUGGUAGUGGAUACGGAAGUGGAUAUGGUAGUGGCGGUGGAUACCUUAGUGGAUAUGGUGGGGGAAGCGGAUACGGCAGCAGAUAUGGUGGGGGAAGCCGUCACGGAGGCGGAUACGGGAGUGGAUAUGGUAGCAUAGGCGGAUAUGGUAGUGGAUACGGGAGCGGAAGUGGAUACGGGAGCGGAUACACGAGUGGAUAUGGUGGUGGAAUCGGACACGGGAGCAGACAUGGUAGCAUAGGCGGACUUGGUAGUGGAUACGGGAGCGGAAGCGGAUACGGCAGCGGAUACACGAGUGGAUAUGGUAGCGGAAGCGGAUAUGGAAGAAGUGGAUAUGGUGGCGGAAGUGGAUACGGCAGCGGAUACACGAGUGGAUAUGGUAGCGGAAGCGGAUAUGGAAGUGGAUAUGGUGGUGGAAGCGGAUACACGAGUGGAUAUGGUGGCGGAAGCGGAUACGUUAGCGGACUCAGUAGCGGACAUGGUAUUGGAAGCAGUGGAUACGGAUCAAGUCAUCGUGCUAGCGGUGGUUAUUAAUCCUCUACUGGCCGUUUCGAUUGUAGCUCAGGGGAUACACUCAACGAUGAUACCAUCGUUACGGGGGCUUUCAAUGAAAGUUGUGCUGGAGAAAGUUUCUUUGUUGUUCUGUUGUUUUACAUUUUUAUAAACUAAAUAAAAUCGGAAAUAAAUAAUGGGUUAAAUUGCU